GGAGUAGGUCGCCACGCACUCAGCUGACGAGCGAGGGGUCAGAGCACACAGCCGCCCGAUUCAGCAGCGCUCGUCCCGCAGACUCGGCACUAUUCCCAGCCGCGCACGCACGCCGCACACUUCGACGACCGUCCUGCCAGCUUGGCGCGCACUUUUCCGACGACCAGCCGCUGCAGCUGCGCCGCACGCAUCUCGCUCCGAUCUCCUCGUAUAUCGAACGGCAUUAAUCGAAAAUGGCGGAUUCCUUGGAACACAUGCCCAAGCAGGAGACCAUCAGGCUCCGCGAGCAGUUAAUCGGGGAGUCGUGCACGCUCUUCUACAAGUCAAACCCAUUGAAGAUCGUGAGGGGCAGGGCGCAGUACAUGUACGACGAGAAGGGCGAAGAGUACCUCGACUGCAUCAACAACGUUGCGCACGUUGGCCACUGUCAUCCGACCGUGGUGAAAGCCGGCCAAGAUCAGAUGGCCACGUUGUCGACCAACAUGCGUUUCUUGCAUGACAACAUCGUGAUCUCCGCGCGUCGACUCACCUCGUCGUUGCCGGAAAAGCUGUCGGUGUGCUUCUUCGUCAACUCGGGUAGCGAGGCCAACGAUCUCGCUUUGCGCCUCGCUCACACGCACACCGGCAACAAGGACGUCGUCUGCAUCGACCACGCUUAUCACGGACACUUGACCUCGAUGAUUGAUAUAUCUCCCUACAAGUUCAAGCACAUGGAAAGUGGAAAGAAGGAGCACGUGCACGUUGCUCCGUGUCCGGAUAUCUACCGUGGCAUAUACCGUGAUGAUGUGUAUGCCAAUGAAGAUCUUGGUGUGAAAUAUGCUGAUGACGUGAAAAAGAUUUGCGACGAAGUAACGGCCAAAGGCCGAGGCGUCAGCGCUUUCAUCGCCGAGAGUCUCAUGUCUGUGGGUGGACAGAUUUUACCUCCUGACAACUACUUCAAGAACGUCUACAAGCAUAUUCGUGAAGCUGGUGGCAUUUGCAUUGCCGAUGAAGUCCAAGUCGGUUUUGGCCGUGUCGGCAGCCACAUGUGGGCUUUCCAAUUGUACGGCGAAGAACUUGUCCCAGACAUCGUGACCGUCGGUAAACCAAUGGGCAACGGACACCCUGUUGCUGCGGUUAUUACCACUCCAGAAAUUGCGCGCAGCUUCCGCGACACUGGAAUAGAGUAUUUCAAUACGUAUGGCGGUAAUCCUGUGUCUUGCGCCGUGGCAAAUGCCGUCAUGGAAGUAAUCGAACGUGAGAACCUCCUAGAAAACGCAUUGAAAGUGGGCAACCAUUUGAUGUCUGAGUUAGAGAAGUUGGCUAAACGACGACCGAUCAUUGGUGACAUUCGAGGCGUCGGUCUUUUCAUCGGCAUCGAGUUGGUCCUCGAUCGUAAACUUCGCACUCCAGCCAUUGCUGAGGCUAAAUACGUAGUUUACAGAAUGAAGGAGGAAAAAAUUAUCGUGAGCAGUGAAGGGCCGGACUACAACAUACUCAAGCUUAAACCUCCCAUGGUUUUCAGCAUUGACAACGCUAAUCACUUUGUUGCUAAGCUUGAUGACAUUCUACAAGAGGUUGAAACGAGAGAAGAAGUGCAGCCCCAGACCCGGACAACGGCAAUCAUCAAAGCUGUCAUUACACCACUGCAAAUGGACAUGGAACAAAAUACUGUUACAGCUAAUGUUAAUUCGGUUCUCCUUAAAUCGAAUUAAUUUAUUAGAAAUCAUAAUUAAUUUUAAGUACAAUGAGGAAUCGAUUGACUUUUUUGAGUAUUAUGUUUGUAAAAUAUUAUUUCAGUAUAAUGAGCGACCAUGGGAACAACUGAAACAUUUGUACAUAAAUAAUGUAAAUAGAAAUGAAAUUUAGUAAUAAGUGAAUCUAUUAAUUUGUUCAUUGUUUCUAUAAUUAUCUGUUAUAGUAAGUGUUAAAUUAAGUUAAAUAAUAUUGCAUAAUGUAUAAGAUUUAUGUUAAAUAAUGUUGUGUCCGUAGAAUUAUGUAUUUUAUUCUAGAUUUUAUUCCAUUAGAAUUAAUUUUUGUAAUAUGUUAUGAUUUUGACUGAUUCAAGAGAUACUGAAAUAAAAUAUCUAUAUUCUACUUUCCUAAUGUAAAAACACACUUUUUAAAUAAAUAUAUCAACUGUAA